UAUGUUGCUGCAAGCAAACGUCAAACGUUAGCGGGAAAACGACGUAAACCAACCUGCCAAACGGCUUUGUUUCGGAUCGCCGGCUUUUUGGUAGCCUCCAAUACGAUUAUCACUUUUACCAUUAUCAGUUGUGCCGAUUAUAAUUGCGUUCGCGUUUUUGGUAAAGAAAACAGGUCCCAUCGUCGGAAUAAAUACUGCCAUCGCCAUCAUGCUGGACUGCCAUAACUACACGGUGAAAUCGGGUGAGGAAACGUUCAUGGGCUACGUUAUUAGGCAUAAGCCUGCCCUUAUCAACUCAGUACAGCUGCUACCGAAAGAGGAAGCAACGCACGAGAUAGAGCUGGCACUGAGCUUCAUGCAGUACUACAUGCAUCUGGAAGACGAUGGUUUGAUUGAUCAACCAAAAGCCCAGCACCGGGUGUUGAUCGACCGGCGAAAGUCAGUGUUCGAGAUAAUGCUGGAUUUGCAUUCGGCCAUGCGAGCAACGUGCGUAGGAUUCAAGCUGUACUUUUACGGAGAAAAUCCUAUAACGAGCGAGUUUAUCCAGCUGCUGCUACAAUACCCAGCGUUUUCAUCGCAGGAUGGCGAUCAGCUAACAUUGACCGCUGAAAUACCGUUACAUAUGGCGUACUGUACCAUGAUCGUGUUUGAAUCGAGCGAUCUAGAAUCGGCAAGCGAUCGAUUGGCACUUGCUUGGAUGAGCAAUAACACACCGUGGGUCAUUCGGAACGUGCUGGUACAGGAAACCAUAAAGGAUGAAUUCGUUCAACUCGUUAAGGCCAAACUCAAACCCUUCAACGAAAGCCAGACCAAGUUCCUACAAAGUUCCCUACAAAAGACGCUCGAUGCGGCCAAAAUUGUUGGUGCCCAGCUGGUACAAAGCGAUACCGAUGCGAGCGAAAUUAAGCCAAUGCUUGCAUUUGUCCCCGGUGUUCAGUAUCUGCUGUCGACGAACGCUACCGCUGUUCAACCAAGCCCAAUUGUGGCCAUAAACGCUUUCCGCACGGCGAAGGAAGCGAUAUCGCUUGCAAACACUAAUAACGGCGGUUCUGUGUCGCUGUGGACCGAAGAACUAUCGCUGACGUUUGAGGUUGCCUAUGGGUUGCUUGGCCAAACCGUUUGGGUCAACAGUUAUGCAGAGUUUAAUCCGGACUUUUCGUACACUUUCCGUCGGGAUGAUUUUACCUACGGAUCAGAAUAUGCCGUCUGUGAGAAGAAAGUUAAAACCGUCUUCGCACCUACGGCUAGCACGCCAACGAAUAGUGCGGACAAGAAUCGUCAGGCGAUCAAGAGCUUGGGUACGUACGUGGCUAACAAACGGAGCUAUCGCGGGAACACGGUGCAGUUGAAGAAUGGCAUCCGCUACGAAGCCAUCUGUACGCCGGCAGAUUUGGAAGCUUACGGCGAAGGACAUCGGUUGAGCGUGGUAGAAAACUUCUGGGACGCGUACGUAUCGCUGGAUGUGAUUGAUCGUCAUCUGCUGCUGGAUACGGUGCACAACAAGCGUAAGGUAAUUUGCAUUCCGUACGGCGUUACGUUCGCUAAUUAAAUGUUGUACAUUCCAACAAUUUGUUAACAGUUGAUUAACUUUCCAUGAAUAACUUUUAUAUGCUUUAUGUGUUGCGUCUGGCAGAACAAUGUUCGUUCUCACUGUAGCGACCAUUACUAUGAAUCUUUGAAUAAAAUGUUUUUUUU